AUGGCGUGGAGUUGUUGGAUUGUGGACCUUUGCACUUUGCAGGAAUCUGCCACCAAGAAUGCUCAGCAGGACGCGGAGGCGGGCUGGUCUGAAACGGAGACGCGACAAGCCCUCGCAAAGUCGAAGGACGAGGCGAAGGUCCUGCAAUCGCGUGUCAGCGACUUGGAGGCCAGCGUGGAGCAGCUGCAACAAGAGGUAGCCGCAAUCGCGCGCCUGCGCGAGGACCUCGCCCGCGCGGAGUCCUUGGCUUCGGAGCGGGAGGCGGCCCUGCGUGCAGCGCAGCGCCGGGAAGAGCAGCUGAACGAGCAGGCAGCGCAGCAGCAGUCGCGAGCCGACAGCGCUCAAGCCUCGCUUCUGUCGGAGAAGUCCAGUGUCCAGCGAUUGGAGUCCGACCUACAAGCAGCGCGGGCCGCACAAGCGUCGGCACGUGCAGAGCUGGAGCGUGUCAUCUGCCAGGAAGAGGCAUCGCGGGCAGAGCUGCUUCAGCGAGCCGACAAGAAGGCAGCUGCCGAGGGGCUGCGUCUCAGCGCUGAGAUCGAACGCCUCGAGGAUCAGCUGCAGCAGCUGACGCAGCAACUGGGCCAAAAACACCGCUCCUCGGCGGAGAUGGAAGUUCAGCUCAGCAAAGCAGGCUCGCGGCAAGCUGCCAUGGAGGUCGCUUUGCAGGAGGCGCACAGAAGCAAGGAGGAGGCACAUGCUGCGCAUGCAGAUGCCUUCCGAAGGCUCCAAGAGCUCUCCCACAGCGACAAGGCAGUGGCGACGUCCCGGCGCCGUUUCAUCGAGCGCGGGGCAAGCCUAGGCACUCGCCAUGGUCGAGAUGACCGGGCGGCGACGUGGAGGGGUGACCAAGGGGCAUCCGAACCGCUGGCCGUCCCGGGGCGACGGCUGGGCCUGCUACAGGGCGGUCUUGUCGAGAGCUCGUCCACAUUGGCCUCGAGUUCGAAAUCCGACUUGUUGCAGGAGCCUAUCGCCAUGGAGCCCAUCGCUAUGGAACCCCGACAGGAGCGCCAGCGGGUGCGUGCAGCGCGGGAGCCCGCACAGCCGCACAUGCCCCCGGCCGGCUCGGAGGAAGAUGAAGCGAUGCUCAUGUCGAUGGCCAGGUCGAACGGUCAGUGUGAUGGGGAUGCCGGUAGGUUUGCUCUUGAAGGUGUUGUUUUACAGAACAUCAGGUCUUGUCACACAAGAUGCUCCUAUGCAGCAUUGGCCCAAGCACAAGCGUUUCAAGCGAGCCGUGAUUUCGCCCUCCUGCUUCCACCUUGCCGCCUCAUGUUCAAGCUCUUCCUUGCCAGCUUGGCCCUGGUUCUCUUCCAGGGGGACGCGCAGUUGCGAGGAGCCCGGCGUCUGCAGGACGCCGACCCAGCGCCAGCGGAAGCCCCGGCAGAGGCACCGGCAGAGACUCCAGCAGACGCUCCGGCCGCUGGGGGUCUUACAGCGGCGGAACAGGCCCAACUCAACCGCGACUUCGUCACGGCCAUCCGUCGUCAGGACACAGCCACUGCCGAGACACUGCUUGCCAGCGGCGCUCAAAUCGAUGAUAUCUCCCAGAGCGGACCCCACUGGUCUGCGCUGGCCCAAGCCUGCGUCAGUGUUGAUUCAACCAUGGCUCUCUGGCUUUUGGGGAAGGGAGCAGACCCAGACGUUGCGGACAAUCGUGGACGCACUCCGCUUUACCACGCAGUCCAUUACUACAUGUACGAUGUCGUGGAGGAGAUGCUCAAGACGGCUAAGAACCUCUCUCCCCAUGAUGGAGACGGGGUGGACAUGCUCACACGCGCGGUGUGGCAGAAGGACGCCCGCAUGGUGGAGAUGCUUCUCGAGGCAGGCGCCACGUCAGAAUCUGCCACAUCCUCGGCAGAGAAUGCGGGCUGGGAGAUCGCAAAGCUGUUCGGCUACACCUCGACUGUGGCUCCCCUCGUCGUCACGGAGGCUCCCGCAGAGACACCCAUCCUGCCGUGA